AUGUCUAACACCGGCAAAGGCACACUUUAUACUUAUCCCGGUAAUAUUCAUGCGUAUAAAGCGCAAAUCGCUGCCCGAUACAGCGGUGCAAAAUUAACUGUUGCGUCCGAUGAUAAAUUUCAAAUGAACGAAACAAAUAAGUCCGAACAAUAUUUGAAAAAAUUUCCAACUGGAAAGGUACCUGCCUAUGAGAAUGAUGUUGGUGUGUAUUUGUUUGAAUCCAAUGCCAUAGCUCAUUAUUUAUCAAAUGAACAAUUACGUGGUAAUACUUUAGAAGAUCAAGCAUCUAUAAUUCAAUGGAUGGAAUAUGCUGAAAGAGAUAUUAUACCAGCAUCAUCCACAUUAGUUUAUCCGUGUAUGGGUAUUCUUCAGUUUAAUAAAUUAAAUAAUGAACGGGCGAAAGAUGAACUUAAAAGUAUUUUACAUUUAUUGAAUGAGCAUCUUCGUACAAGAACGUAUCUUGUUAGUGAACGUAUUACGUUAGCUGAUAUCGUUGUUGCUUGUGAUUUGUUAUUACUGUUUCAAUGGAUUCUUGAACCUGUUCAACGUGAAUUAUAUCCAAAUACAACAAGAUGGUUUACAACAUUAAUUCAUCAAGAUGAAUUUCAAACAGUGAUUGGUGAUUAUAAAUUAUGUGAAAAAAUGGCACACUUUGAUUCUAAAAAAUAUGCUGAAGUUUGUAGUAAUCAGCAACAACAGCAUGCUGAACACCAUGAAUCAACGAAAAAAGAUAAAAAAGGUGCAAGUGAAAAAAAAAAUGAGCCAAAACAAGCAAAACAACCACAAGUUGAAAAACAACCUAAAAAAGAAGCUAAACCAAAAAAAGAUGAUCAAGCUCACGAAAGCGAGGGUGACGAAAUGGAGGAUGUUUUAGCACAAGAACCAAAACAGAAAGAUCCAUUUGCUGAAAUGCCAAAAGGAACAUUUAAUAUGGAUGAGUUCAAACGUGUCUAUUCAAAUGAAGAUACUAAAACAAAAGCUCUUCCCCAUUUUUGGGAACAUUAUGAUAAAGAAAAUUAUAGUUUGUGGCAAUGCGAGUACAAAUAUCCUGAAGAUCUCGGACAAAUAUUUAUGACAUGCAAUCUUGUAGCAGGCAUGUUUCAGCGUCUUGAAAAACUACGAAAAAAUGCCUUUGCGAGUAUGUGUGUGUGGGGUAAAGAUAAAGAUAAUACGAUUGCCGGUAUUUGGGUAUGGAAAGGACCAGGACUUGCAUUUGAGUUAUCACCUGAUUGGCAAACAGAUUAUGAAUCUUACACGUGGUCGAAAUUGAAUCCAGAUGAUGAAAAAACAAAACAACUAGUUGAACAAUUUUUUGCAUGGGAAGGUGAACAUAACGGAAAAUCGUUUAAUCAAGGAAAAAUUUUUAAAUAA